CUGCCCGUCCUGGAUGUUCCUGCUGCUGCUCGCUCUGUAAUCUCUCCUCUGGAAUUGGAGGCCUGUGCAGAACGGCGGCGGCUCUCUGGUUUACUGACCCACUUCCUGUUUCCUGUGCAGGAGCUGAAAGGAGGGAAGGUGUACGCGAAGCUGGGCUUCGCAGACCUCAACAUGGCCGAGUUCGCCGGUUCCGGUUCCACCGUGCGCUGCUGCCUGCUGGAGGGAUACGACACCAAGAACACCCGGCAGGACAACUCCAUCCUGAAGGUGAUCAUCGGCAUGACCCUGCUGUCCGGAGACCCCUGCUUCAAAACGCCUCCGAGCACGGCCAAGUCCAUCUCCGUCCCCGGGCGGGAGCACGCCCUGCAGCCGGACUGUAAGGGGGAGGGAACCGCCGAGCCGGGCCCGGCCGACAGGGUCUCUCUGGGCCGGGCCGCCAAGCCCAGACCCUCCAUCAUCAGCUCGGGUCUCCUGGAGGACUCGGAGUCCGCUCAGAGCCAGCCGGGUCCCGCCGAGAUCUUCCAGUCCGGUCACUCUCGUAACUCCAGCUACGCCAGCCAGCACAGCCGGAUCUCAGGCUACAGCACCGAGCAGUCCUGCUCCUCCAGCCUGUCGGACCUGACGCACCGCAGGAACACCUCCACGGGCAGCAGCGCCUCGGGGGGGCUGGCCUUCACGGCCGACCCGCCUCCCGAGGGGGAGCGUCCAGAGAGACCCCCUCGCCCGCCCCGGCCGGUCCUCCCGCCCAGCAGACCUCUGAGGAGGAAGCAGGACUCGGUGGAGAGCCACCCCUCCUGGGUCAACGACACCCGCAUGGACGCCGACGACAUCGUGGAGAAGAUCGUCCAGAGCCAGAACUUUGCAGAUAUCAACAACACUGAAGACAGUAACCUGCGCCUGUUCGUCAGUAAAGACGGAACCACGGCUCUCAGCGGCAUCCGGCUGGGGAACAGGGUGUCUGCAGGCCGAUACGAGCCGGUGGUGAUCGAGAGCCACUGAGGGGACGGAGGGGACGGAGCCACCGAG